AGAAUGCAUAGCAGACAUAACCUAACCUAAAUUUACCUCUUAACAACAACCGAAGCUUCCUAAACAAAGAAAUUUGAAAAAUUAUAGGUUAAUUCAUAACAGUGAGUUAAACACUUUUCAAAUUGAAUAAUUGUAUGUACUUAAACCAGACAUUUAGAUUAUAUACAUCCGUGGUUGUAAUUAGGGUUGGGCGUUGUUAUUCUGCGAUUAGUCCAUUUAUCUCAUUGUAUGGAAAAAGAAGAAGUUAUAUACUUUUAUAGCUCAAAUAACAUUUAGAACUAUUGAUUUAAUAUAAUCCCGAAAGAAUGGAUUUGAAGCAAAAAGUUAUUAAAGAAGAAAUUGAUGUUCACGAUGUUUUCGUUUGGAAUAUGGAUGUAAAACAAGAAUUGAUUGAUGAAGUACAUAAGGAAAAUUGUGGCAUUAAACAAGAAAUUACUGAUUCAAAUAUAGUAGUUGGAGAAUCUAUUGUUGCACCUAAAGUAGAAAGUGGCGAUUCUUAUGAAGUUUAUAUACAUAAUAAAAACAAAUUUGAAAAUUUAAGAAGAAAAAUUGGAACGCGGAUUAAAUCAAAAGGAAAACUCUCAAACUUGAAUAAUAUUGCUGGGAUUAUAAUAUGUGAGUUUUGUGGAAAUUUAUAUACAAAACAAAUAGAAUUCCUUUAUCAUUUUUCAACUAAUCAUUGUAUAAAACAAAAUAAAUUACUUUAUGAAAAGGAAUUUAAUCAGAAAAUUCUAACUAGGAGGAAAAUUCAAAAUUUUAAGUCGAAAGUUGAAGAUGUAAAACAUGAAAUUGAAGUAGCCGAACAUGAUUUGAAAGACGAAAUUCAAGAUAUUGUAGAUGAAAAUGAGAAAUCGAAGAGAUUUUUGCAAGUUAACAAAGUAGAAAAGUCGUUCAAAUGUGAAAUUUGUUCAAAAAGUUUUUCAAAAAACGCUAAUUUAUAUUUACAUUUUCGUAUUCACACAGGAGAGAAGCCUUACAAAUGUGACAUUUGUUUGAAAAGUUUUUCAGUGAAGUGUAAUUUAAAUAAACAUUUGGGUACUCACAUGGAAUGUAAACCGUUUAAAUGUGAUGUUUGUUCGAAAAGUUUUUCAAAAAACAGUAAUUUAAAUACACAUUUUCGUAUUCACACAGGAGAAAAGCCAUACAAAUGCAAUGUUUGUCACAAAAGUUUUUCAGUGAAAAGCAACUUGAACAAACAUUUGAGUAUUCACAAAGAAGAAAAGAAGAAAAUAGAGAAACCGUUUAAGUGCGAUAUUUGUCGGAAAAGUUUUCCACAAAAAGAUAAUUUGAAUAAACAUUUGCGGAUUCAUACAGGAGAAAAGCCGUUUCAAUGUGAUAUUUGUUUGAAAAAUUUUUUAAAGAAAAGUAAUUUGAAAACGCACAUUCGUAUUCACACAGGAGAAAGGCCGUUCAAAUGUGAUGUUUGUAUGAGAACUUUCGCACAGAAAAGUAAUUUAAAUUUACAUUCGUGUAGUAAAACAAGAGAAAACACAUUUAAAUGCGACAUUUGUUUAAAAAGUUUUCCACGAAAAUUUGAUCUAAAUAAACAUCUGCUUAGUCACAAAGAUGAAAAGCUAUUUCAAUGUGAUAUUUGUACGAAAUCUUUUUCACAUAAACAAACUUUAAAUAUACAUUUUCUUACCCAUAGAGGUGAAAAACCAUUCAAGUGUGAUACUUGUAAUAAACAGUUUUCAAUGAAAUUUAAUUUGAAUAAACAUCUGCUUAUUCACAGGGGAGAAAAACCAUUCAAAUGUGACAUUUGUGCAAAAACUUUUUUACAUAAAAAAAGUUUACUAAGACAUCUUCGUGUUCACACAGGAGAGAAACCAUUUAAAUGUGAAAUUUGUUUUAAAACUUUUGCACAGAAAUUUAAUUUAAAUAUACAUCCGUGUAAUUACAAGGGAGAAAAACCAUUCAAAUGUGAUAUUUGUCCAAAAUCGUUUUUAUGGAAAAGUAAAAUAGAAAGACAUUUGCUCACCCAUACAGGAGAAAAACCAUUCGAAUGCCAUUUAUGCGGGAAAUCUUUUACUCAAAACGGCAAUUUUAACAAGCAUCUACGUAGUCAUACCGGAGAGAAGCCAUUUAAAUGUGAAAUUUGCUCGAAAACUUUUUCGAAUAAAAAUAGUUUGAACAACCAUUCACGUAUUCAUAUUGGAGGAAAGCCGUUCAAAUGUGACUUUUGUAACAAAACUUUUUUAUAUAAAAGGAGUUUAAAUAAACAUUCUUGUUAUCACAAAGGAGAAAACUCUAUAAAAAGUGACACAAAUAAAUAUCGAUUAUGGCUCAAUGUAGAUGCUCCGUGCCUUCCAACUGCGGGUCUCGGAAUGGAAACCCAGCAAAAGAUUGUUAAAGAAGAAAUUGAUACCCACAAUGAUUUGGAUCAGAAUAUAAAUAUAAAACAAGAAUUGAGUUACGAUGAACCUAUAACUAUUCAAAAUAUAAAUCCUAUUAAACAAGAAAUUAACGAGGAUUUCAACACAAUUCCCACGUUUGAAGAAUGUAUGGUUACAGUUAAAACAGAAAGGGACAUAUUUGAUAAUAUUGAUACAUGUGCAAAUAACAUUAACUUAUUUAAAUGCUCAAAAGUGAAAUGUGGAAGGAAAACGAAAUCAAAAGAUAAAUUAAAAAGUGAAAAACGUGUGAAAUUUCAUACUUUUGCUGGAAUUAUAACUUGUGAAUUUUGUGGAAAUUUAUACACCAAACGAAAAGAAUUCGUUUCUCACUUUUCUACAAAUCAUUUUAUGAAACAGAAGAAAUUUCAACGGAAAAAAAUAAAUUGCAUAAAAAGUGAAAGAAAUUAUCUCAUCAUUCCUAGAAAUCAAGAUGGAGAUGUGAAAAAUGAAAUUGAUAUACUUGAACAUGAUUUGAAACCGGAAUUGAAAAAUGAAAGUCGGAAAAUUCCAUAUUUCCUCAAACGAAAAAGAGAAAAAAAAUUCAAAUGCGACAUUUGUUUGAAAAAGUUUCGUCAAAAAGUAAGUUUAAACAUACACAUGCGUAUCCACACAGGAGAAAAGCCGUACAAAUGUGAUUUUUGUUCAAAAACGUUUGCUCAGAAAAAUAAUUUGAAUACACAUCUGUUGAAUCACACCGGCGAAAAACCAUUCAAAUGCAAAAUUUGUUCAAAGACUUUUCCAUUGAAAAUGAGUUUCAACAUACAUAUGCGUAUACAUACUGGAGAAAAGCCGUUCAAAUGUGAUAUUUGUUCGAAAACAUUUGCUCAGAAAAAUAAUUUAAACGCACAUUUAAAUAGUCAUAUAGGGGAAAAACCAUUCAAAUGUUGUAUUUGUAAGAAAUCUUUCAAACAGAAAAGUUGUUUAAGAAAACAUUUGCAUAUUCACACAGGUGAAAAGCCAUUCAAAUGCGACGUUUGUUUGAAAGAUUUUUCAAGGAAAAUCAGUUUAAACAGACAUAUGCGUAUCCACACUGGGGAAAAACCAUUCAUAUGUGAUGUAUGUAUGAAACGUUUUUCACAGAAAUGCGAUUUGAAUAAACAUUUUUAUGUACACACAGGAGAAAAACCAUACAAAUGUCACAUUUGCUUGAAAGCUUUCUCACAAAAAAAUACUUUAACGUUACAUUCGCAAAUUCAUACAGAAGGAAAUAGACACAAAUGCGACAUUUGUUUGAAAACUUUUCCUCUGAAAAUGAGUUUGAACAGACAUAUUCGUAUCCAUACAGGUGAAAAACCAUUCGAAUGUGACAUUUGUUUAAAAUGUUUUUCACAAAAAUGCGAUUUAAAUAAACAUCUUCUCAUUCACACUGGAGAAAAACCAUACAAAUGUGAAAUUUGUGAGAAAACUUUUUCUCAAAAAAGCAAUUUAAAUAUACACACGCAAAUUCAUACAGAUGAAAAGCGAUAUAAAUGUGACAUUUGCUUUAAAACUUUCCCCCUGAAAUCAACUUUUGAUACACAUUUGCGCAUUCACACGGGAGAUAUGCCAUUCAAAUGCGAAAUCUGUUUAAAAAGUUUUUUACAGAAAGAAAGUUUGAAUAUACAUACAUUCAGUCACACUGGGGAGAAACCAUUCAAAUGUGAUGUUUGUUUGAAAACAUUCACACAGAAAAGAUCAUUAACAAAACAUUCAUAUAUACACACAGGUGAUAAGCCAUUCAAAUGCGACAUUUGUUUAAAAACUUAUUCAUGGAAGAGAAGUUUAAAUAGACAUAUGAGAAAUCAUACAGGUGAAAAUCCAUUUCAAUGUGACACUUUUUCACAGAAAAACAAUUCGAAUGCACAUUUGGGUUAUUUUGAUAAAUUUAACACAAAUUAA